CAAAAAUUCAAAAUUCACCCGUGACCAAAUCCAAAAUUCAUCAGUGACCAAAAUCAUUAAUUACCAAAAAUUCGGCCCAAUAACAUAGUGACUUCUGUCCGCUCAAUUAUCUAACCUAAUGAGUUACAGUUACACAAUCUCAUUAGUUACAAUUUUGCGAUCCAAUUAUUUACGGUCAUUAGAGCCUAUCAGUUACAGUUACAUAAUCCGAUCAUUAUCAUCCGAUCAUUACCGCUACCCGACAUGCUAGUGAUCGCCGCCGACCACCGUCUUUGGCCAUCACCGGAGACCGCCGCCGGUGACCACCAAAUUUCCGGCGUCCAGACUCCACCGCCUAGGGACUGCAGUUGCCCCGCACCAACCCCUAUCACUUUCCAACCCCAACCUAGAUCCAGUCCAGUGACCGCACCAGCCCCCAAUCUAUCCCCAUCCGGUCAUCCCCUCUCAAUCCGAUAUGAUCGAAGAUGAUCAUAUCCACUCCGACUUCAUUCAAAAUCCACAGAGGCGCAUGGCUUCAUCCCGGAAUAGAUCACCGUCAACUUCAAUCGUUGUCACCGGAGCAAAAUAUUCCGGAUCUGAAACCUAGUAAUCGGGAACCUUAGAGGUGAACUUCCAAGAAACAGUCGACGAAGAUCUGGGAAUGAAAGUUUGCACCUGAUUUGAAGUACAUCGAAGCCGCGUUAGAAGAACAAGACAACGUCGAGCAACAAUGGUGAACUUCGAGAGACGGAUUUGAACUUGAUUACAACGGUGAUGGAGUGUGAGGGUGGAGCGGCGGGUGAAGAUGGGUUACGGUGGAGUGGUGGUAUAGCAGAGAAUCGUAUCUUCUUCUCUGCAAUUUUGGAAUUGAGAGAGUAUAGAAGAAGGGUUUGGCUGCGGGAAAUCGUUUGGGGAAGGGUAACUUGGUCCGUUUGCUUCAAUUGAGGUCUUAUUUGUGUCCAAUUGGAUAAGUGGUCGUAGUUAUGUCUUUCAAGACUGUACAAGUGUUAUUCGGGUCAUUCUUUCUUUUAAAAAGUGUCCAGAUUAGUUGAACUGAAAUCCUAUGAACUUUCUACUUCUGACUUUCUGAGUAGUUAUAUCUGGAAUCUCUCCACUGAUUCUCGUAGCCCGGAAACACCGGUUAAUUUUAUCCACCGCAACAGUUACCAAUUUCAUUCAAUUCACUAGUUGUGAAGACACCAAUGACUGGAGACGGCGGUGGAUGGAGGGGAAUGUACAGUUUCGGCCGCCGCAUCCUGGCGGGGCGGUGGUUCAUGGUCUUCAGCUGCCUGCUGAUCCUGUCGGUCGCCGGCGGAACCUACAUAUUCGGGCUUUACUCCGACGAGAUCAAGUCAACCUUAGGGUACGACCAGACCACCCUAAACCUGGUUAGUUUCUUCAAGGAGUUAGGAGCCAACAUCGGGAUCAUUUCCGGCCUGAUUAACGAGGUAGCCCCACCAUCGAUCCUCCUGCUCCUCGGCGCUGUAAUGAAUUUCUCCGGCUACUUCGUCAUAUGGCUCGCCGUCACCGGCCGUAUAGCCAACCCUCAAGUCUGGUGGAUGUGUCUGUGCAUCUGUAUAGGUGCGAAUUCUCAGACAUUCGCCAAUACGGGUGCCCUAGUCAGCUGCGUUAAGAAUUUCCCCGAAUCUCGGGGCAUAGUGAUCGGCCUCAUGAAGGGCUAUGUUGGGCUCAGUGGGGCAAUCAUCACACAGGUAUACCAUGCUUUGUAUGGAAACGAUGCGAAAUCUUUGAUCUUUCUUAUUGCCUGGCUUCCGGCCAUCAUUUCGGCCAUUUUCCUCCCAACUGUUAGAGUCAUCAAUGGAAAUAAGAAUAGUAAUGAUAAUCUUAGACAGAGAAGUGAGCUUAAGUUCUUUUACAAUCUGUUAUUCAUGUCUUUCGGUUUGGCUGGGGUUCUUAUGGCUUUGAUUAUCAUCCAAAGCCGGGUCACAUUUACCAGGACAGACUAUGUGAUUAGUGUCUCUUUGAUUGCUCUUUGUCUGAUUUCUCCGAUAACCCUUGUCAUAAGAGAGGAGACGAAGCUCGGGAAGAGCAAGAAGCAAUUGCUUGAUGAUCCUGCAACCAAAGAACCGGUUCAAGAUGCGGUAAAUAAUAGUAGUAGUAAUUGUUAUAGUACUCCUACAGAAAGGAAUAAUGAGGAAGUGAAGUGGUAUAAGAAUGUGUUUAGCCCGCCCGAAAGGGGAGAUGACUACACAAUUUUGCAAGCCGUUUUGAGUAUUGACAUGUUGAUUCUUUUCAUGGCCACCAUCACGGGAGCGGGAGGAACGUUGACGGCCAUAGACAAUCUAGGACAGAUUGGGAAGUCAUUGGGUUAUCCGAACAAAAGCAUAACCACAUUUGUGUCGCUCGUCAGCAUUUGGGGUUACCUAGGACGAGUGGCGUCCGGUUUCGCUUCAGAGAUUUUCUUGGCGAACUACAAAUUCCCGCGGCCACUAAUGCUCACAUUAGUGCUCCUCCUUUCCUGCACUGGUCAUCUUCUGAUUGCUUUCGGGGUUCCCAACACCCUUUACAUCGCCUCGGUGCUGAUCGGGUUGUGCUUUGGAGCUCUGUGGCCGUUGAUAUUUUCUAUAAUAUCUGAACUGUUUGGGCUGAAGCACUACUCAACGUUGCUCAACUUUGGCGGUGCGGCUAGCCCAGUCGGGGCGUAUAUAUUCAAUGUCAAAGUCGCAGGCGCUCUGUAUGACAAUGAGGGUAUGAAGCAGUUGGUUGCCAAGGGGCUGAUUAGAAAGCCCGGGGAGGAUCUGGUGUGCAAUGGUGUGGAGUGUUUCAGGCUAGCUUUUAUCAUUAUUGCAGCCUCUACAUUUGCGGGUUGCCUGGUUUCUUUGGUUUUGGUAGCCAGAACAAGAAAGUUCUACAAAAGCGAUAUCUACAAAAAGUUCAGGGAGAAGGCAAUGGUAGCAUAGGACUUGCAAAAGUAUUGGGGCAGAAGAGGAGACUCAAUUUAGUGCCUGUUCACUUAUGUUAUAGGAGUUUAGGUUCAAUUAUACUUGAAUAUACAUGGCUUGUAGAAAUGAUGCUUUUAUACGUAGUACUUGAUGUCUCUAGUUCUCCAGAUGCUUGUAGAUUUUCGUUUUCAUCAGUCCUGUCUGUAGUUUUGUUAGAAUGCAUAUUGUAAAAAGUAAAAGGGGUGAGGCUCAAAUUGGAC